AUGAAGAACUCACUGAAAUCAAAUGGUGUGAUCGCCAUGAAUCUGGUUACAAGAGAUGAAGAAGUGGCGCAGAAGGCCCAAACGUUCUGUGGCCACGCAGUUCCCCGUUUUGUUCAGUUUCUUUUGGCCGUGGUCACGACCCGAAAUGAGAACUUCAACGCUGUUCAAUUUGCUCGUUCUUUACGAAAAGACAUCCGUUGGGUGAACGCCCUUGAACCCGUCAUCGCGAGGAUUACUCCCGUACCUUUACAGUAA